CAGCUGUUUCUCUCUGCGAGAAACGAUGCGUUGCUCUUACCACCUCUUAUUCCAAGGUUACGCAAAUUUUUUUCAAUAAUGUGCCGGACAUUACGCUUGCAAAGAUUGCGAUGUAACUGCCGGACGAGGAAACUUCGAGCACUUUUUUUCAAGUGAUUAAAACACGCACGAUAUCGCGAAAGUGAAAGUUCGUCACAGCUCUCGACUGGAUAUGAAAGACGGAGGGAUUAACCUAGAAGCAUAAAAAAAUACGAACAUCUGAUCAUAUGUAAAAUAACUACAUUUAACUUUUACAAUACACCAUGUUCCAUCCAUUAUUAUCUCGGAAUUGCACGUCGUUAUUUAGAAGAAUAUCGUUUAGAAAUGAAUACAGACAAAUCCAUUAUACCUGUAAAAUCUUGGUGGUUGGAGGUGGUACUGCAGGCUGUUCAAUGGCUGCAAAACUAUCAAGAAAACUUGAUAAACCAGACCAGAUUAUUAUACUGGAACCCAGUGAUAUUCAUUAUUAUCAACCUUUAUUUACUUUAAUCGGUGGUGGCAUUAGUCCUUUCAUGUCAUCGAGGAGGUAUAUGAAGGAUGUUUUGCCAAAGAAAGCAAAAUGGCUGAAAGCUUCUGUUGUCGAGUUUCAACCAGAUAUUAAUAAAGUAUCAACACAUCACGGAGAUACUAUACAAUAUGACAUUAUGAUUGUUGCAUUAGGCUUACAAUUAUAUUGGGAUAAAAUUCCAGGUUUAACAGAGGCCUUACAUGAUUCCAAUGCACAGGUAUGCUCUAUUUAUGGUUCUGAUACUGUAUCCCAAGUUUAUGGGAAAAUUAAAAAAAUUGAAUCGGGAACUGCAAUAUUUACGUUUCCAAAUACGCCGGUCAAAUGCCCCGGCGCUCCACAAAAAAUCGCUUACAUUGCCGAGGACUACUUUCGCAAGCACAAUGUGCGUAACAACAUUGACGUUAUAUAUAAUACGGCAUUGCCGGUUAUAUUCGGAGUAAAAAAAUAUGCCGAUUGUCUCUGGAAUGUUUGUAAGAAGAGAGGUAUUUGUGUUAAUCUUCAAACAAAUCUGGUGAAGAUAAAUCCAAACAAAAAACAAGCCACAUUUGAGAAAUUAAACUCAGGAGAAACAUCAGUGCAAAAUUACUCUUUUCUCCAUGUAACACCUCCAAUGGGACCUCCAACAGUUUUGAAAGAACAUCCAAUAUUGACUAAUGAAGCUGGAUUUCUUUGUGUUGAUCCAAAAACACUUCGACACACAAAAUAUUCAAAUAUAUUUGGUAUAGGCGAUUGUACAAACACUCCGAAUUCUAAGACAAUGGCUGCAAUAGCUGCACAAGGAAAGGUGUUAUAUAAGAAUAUCAUAGAUGAUUUAGCUGGUAAACCAAUGACAAUGGCUUAUAAUGGUUAUGCAUCAUGUCCCUUGGUUACUGGUUAUAACAAAUGCAUUCUGGCAGAAUUUGAUUAUAAUUUGCAGCCUAUGGAAACUUUUCCAGUGGAUCAAGGCAAAGAAUUGUAUUUUAUGUUUUUGCUCAAGAAACAUUUCUUCCCUUUUAUAUACUGGCAUUUGAUGUUGAGGGGUUAUUGGAACGGACCAGAAUUUUUCCGCAAUUGUACGAAGUUCUUAAAGAGAGAUGAUUGCCCGAAAUAAUAAGAAAUUCAAGAAAGAUAAGCCUGGUGCCUUUUUCUACAAUAGAAUAAAAUAAUAUAGCUUUAUAAUUUCAA